AUGGUGAACUGCCAAUGUGGAAACGAAGAGACUAUCAUCAAAACCGCACAGCUUACUGAUCUUGAAAACGCCGCAUAUCUCCCUAAAGGCAGGUGCAUCAAGGGUAUGCUUGCUGGAAACGACAACUGGCGCACUCCAGAAGCACAUUUCAAGGGUGAACUCAACAAGCCGACAGAUAUGUUCGCAUUUGGAACGGUCUGCAUAUAUGCGGUCCUCGGUCGUGUUAUCUUUGGCCCCGAUAAUGAUUUCCGGCAACAUUAA